CGAUAGUGAACAACAUCACCAACCAUAAAAUAGCCUACAGACUCACCCCUCUAGCUCACUGCUGUUAUUACAGUAUGCGUUGAUAUUUCGGUUGCAUAUUGACAAUAAUUUCAUAAUGCAGCGCUCAGAGGAAGAGAGGUUUUAUAUGACGUGCAGGGCUGCUUAUCUCUCUGUGUUCAGAUCCAGCCUGGUUAAUAUGACUUCAAAAGAUCAGCUGUGCACCGUUCUUCAGCAAGCAGGUAGAAAUCCAUCACAGAAAGCUUUAGACAAAUAUUGGCCCCCAGGAACCAAGAAGCUGAAUUUUGAUGACUUUUGUGAGAUCCUUAAGAAGGAAAAACCAGCAGAACCAGACGAGCUUAUGAGAAUUUUCAAGAAAUUUGAUGUAAAUUGUGAUGGAUAUAUAUCACAUGAAGAGCUCAGCAGAAUCCUUACUUCAUCUGGUGAAAAAAUGUCACCUAAGGAAGUGGAUGAAAUCUUUUCCUUAGCAGAUGUCAACAAAGAUGGAAAGUUAGACUACGCAGAGGAUGCUGUCCAGUUUUGCAGGCUUCUUGGAUCUACAGUAGAACAGUGUCAGACCGCGGCACUGGAGAAGCUUGAGACUGAUGCCAAACUGAAGAGGCAGAACUUUGGCAACCAGUUGGAAAACUCUCCACAGAGCCUAGAGUCCCAACCUGAGCUUCCAGCUGCACAGACACAGUCCAAAACAGAGGUGGAAACAACACAGAGGAAAGACAGUCGCUCCUCAUCCAGACCAUCAUCAGCUCGCAGUCGUCGGUCAUCUUUAUCCACGGCCAUCACCAUGGGCACUGGCAGCACUAAGAGUGGCAGACUGGCAGAGCCCAAAUCUCUACAGGAUUGGCAUCAUAUUCUUAUGAGAGGCUGUUUUUAUCUGGAGGAAGAUGGAACGAUUGUUUCUCUCCAGUAUCGCUUGCAUGUCCCCGAGGCUACCGGUGUCUACCUGACCAUACGGCCCCUCAAUCUUAGCCCAAUUCCUGAGAAGCCUUCCCCGUGGAUGUGUGUGGACACAGCUCUCUAUUUGGUGACAGGGAACAAGACCAAAGAAGAUUCAACUUUGGUUUGCUUUACUGAGUUAAGGGAUAAGGAGAGGUUUGUGUGGAGGGGAGAGCUCAAUGCGGGCUCAUAUCUGCUCAUGCCCUUCACCACUGGCUGUAGAUUGAUGAGAAGUACAAAGAAGACCACCACUAAAACUGCUCAGCUAGUCAACCGCACCCAGUCUGGAGAGCUGGAGCUAACCAAAGAGUUCAAGGCGGCAUUGUCUGACAUCUUUGAAGUGAUCGAUUUAGAUGGCAGCGGCCUGCUGAGCCUAGAGGAGUACAACUUCUUUGAACAGAGAACAAGUGGAGAGAAAUGUGAUGAGGAUGCCUGGGCCAUCUGCAAAGAGAACUUUGACACACAGAAAAAUGAGUUAACUAGACAAGGAUUCCUAGAGCUCAACCUGAUGGAAGCGAAUGAUCGGGAGGGGGACCCCAGGGAUUUGUGGCUUACCUUGGAGGCCAUGGGCUACAACCGCAGCUUGGAGAUGGUGGAGGCCUGUCCAUUUGUUAUUGAAGUCUACUGUGAGGAUGUCAAGGCAACUCUUCAGGCAGUUCAUUUGGAUUCUGGGAUCAAGAUGUUGAAUUCUGCUGUACAGAGGUCUGUCACAUCAAAAGCAGAGGCUAGAUCUCUGAAGGGUCAUGAGAAUGUCUUGGUUUAUACAUACAAAGGAGAGAGCAGAAUUUCAUCAGUCAUUGCCAACAAGUCCAAUCAGAAGGUGACGGUGCACAUCAACAAUGAACAAAGCAAGAACUGUGUGAGCAGUAGGGGCAUGAGUAUGUUUGCUGUGGAGGUUCCUGCUAGGACUAAAAUGGUGUGUCAGCACGUCAUGGCUUCAAAUGAUCAACUGGAGUGGACUUACAACUGCGUUGAGAGCAUCAUACCAAGUUUGUAAAUGCUGCAGUAACAUUAGGAAUUUAUUAUGAGAUAACAAAUUAUGUAGUGCUUGUAAAAUAAAUAACAUAAUUAUGUUUGCUUGUUACAAUGACCAUUAUAAGCAUGUUUUAUUAUAGUUUCAAAAGUUAUGUUUGUUUGUUUACCGUUUCUUAAGUAUUAUUAGUGUAUAGUCAGUGAGUUACAUUCAUGAUGUUCAUGUUUUUUGUAAAUAAAGCUAAUCUAUUUUCAGUAAA